CUUUGGUGACGUCAUGCGCAUAUAUAUAAUGCGCUUCAUGCGCAGAUGUUCUCAUAGGUUACGCGGAAACGAACGAGUCACAACAGAAAAAUAUUGAUAGACAACCAAAGCACAUAAAUAAUAAUCAUGCAGAUUUUCGUGAAGACCCUUACCGGCAAGACCAUCACUCUCGAGGUUGAACCCUCGGACUCCAUUGAGAAUGUCAAGGCCAAAAUCCAAGACAAGGAGGGAAUUCCCCCAGAUCAGCAGAGGUUGAUCUUUGCAGGCAAACAGCUUGAAGAUGGUCGUACCCUGUCUGACUACAAUAUCCAGAAAGAGUCCACACUCCAUCUUGUCUUGCGUCUGCGCGGUGGUAUGCAGAUCUUUGUGAAGACACUGACCGGCAAGACCAUCACCCUCGAGGUUGAGCCCUCAGACUCCAUUGAGAAUGUCAAGGCCAAGAUCCAAGACAAGGAGGGAAUUCCUCCAGAUCAGCAGAGAUUGAUCUUUGCAGGCAAACAGUUGGAAGAUGGUCGCACCCUGUCCGACUACAACAUCCAGAAAGAGUCCACUCUCCAUCUUGUCUUGCGUCUGCGUGGUGGUAUGCAGAUCUUCGUGAAGACCCUGACAGGCAAGACCAUCACCCUUGAGGUUGAGCCCUCUGACUCCAUUGAGAAUGUCAAGGCCAAGAUCCAAGACAAGGAGGGAAUUCCCCCAGAUCAGCAGAGGUUGAUCUUUGCAGGCAAACAGUUGGAAGAUGGUCGCACCCUUUCCGACUACAACAUCCAGAAAGAGUCCACUCUCCAUCUUGUCUUGCGUCUGCGUGGUGGUAUGCAGAUCUUCGUGAAGACCCUGACAGGCAAGACCAUCACCCUCGAGGUUGAGCCCUCAGACUCCAUUGAGAAUGUCAAGGCAAAGAUCCAAGACAAGGAGGGAAUUCCUCCAGAUCAGCAGAGAUUGAUCUUUGCAGGCAAACAGUUGGAAGAUGGUCGCACCCUGUCCGACUACAACAUCCAGAAAGAGUCCACCCUUCAUCUUGUGCUUCGUCUUAGAGGAGGUAUGCAGAUUUUCGUAAAGACCCUGACUGGAAAGACCAUCACCCUCGAGGUUGAGCCCUCUGACUCCAUUGAGAAUGUCAAGGCCAAGAUCCAAGACAAGGAGGGAAUUCCUCCAGAUCAGCAGAGGUUGAUCUUUGCAGGCAAACAGUUGGAAGAUGGUCGCACCCUGUCUGACUACAACAUCCAGAAAGAGUCCACUCUCCAUCUUGUCUUGCGUCUGCGUGGUGGUAUGCAGAUCUUCGUGAAGACCCUGACAGGCAAGACCAUCACCCUCGAGGUUGAGCCCUCAGACUCCAUUGAGAAUGUCAAGGCCAAGAUCCAAGACAAGGAGGGAAUUCCCCCAGAUCAGCAGAGGUUGAUCUUUGCAGGCAAACAGUUGGAAGAUGGUCGCACCCUGUCUGACUACAACAUCCAGAAAGAGUCCACCCUUCAUCUUGUGCUUCGUCUUAGAGGAGGUAUGCAGAUUUUCGUGAAGACCCUGACUGGAAAGACCAUCACCCUCGAGGUUGAGCCCUCUGACUCCAUUGAGAAUGUCAAGGCCAAGAUCCAAGACAAGGAGGGAAUUCCCCCAGAUCAGCAGAGGUUGAUCUUUGCAGGCAAACAGCUGGAAGAUGGUCGUACCCUGUCUGACUACAAUAUCCAGAAAGAGUCCACUCUCCAUCUUGUCUUGCGUCUGCGCGGUGGUAUGCAGAUCUUUGUGAAGACCCUGACAGGCAAGACCAUCACCCUCGAGGUUGAGCCCUCAGACUCCAUUGAGAAUGUCAAGGCAAAGAUCCAAGACAAGGAGGGAAUUCCUCCAGAUCAGCAGAGAUUGAUCUUUGCAGGCAAACAGUUGGAAGAUGGUCGCACCCUGUCCGACUACAACAUCCAGAAAGAGUCCACUCUCCAUCUUGUCUUGCGUCUGCGUGGUGGUAUGCAGAUCUUCGUGAAGACCCUGACAGGCAAGACCAUCACCCUCGAGGUUGAGCCCUCAGACUCCAUUGAGAAUGUCAAGGCCAAGAUCCAAGACAAGGAGGGAAUUCCCCCAGAUCAGCAGAGGUUGAUCUUUGCAGGCAAACAGUUGGAAGAUGGUCGCACCCUGUCCGACUACAACAUCCAGAAAGAGUCCACCCUUCAUCUUGUGCUUCGUCUUAGAGGAGGUAUGCAGAUUUUCGUUAAGACCCUGACUGGAAAGACCAUCACCCUCGAGGUUGAGCCCUCUGACUCCAUUGAGAAUGUCAAGGCCAAGAUCCAAGACAAGGAGGGAAUUCCUCCAGAUCAGCAGAGGUUGAUCUUUGCAGGCAAACAGUUGGAAGAUGGUCGCACCCUGUCUGACUACAACAUCCAGAAAGAGUCCACUCUCCAUCUUGUCUUGCGUCUGCGUGGUGGUAUGCAGAUCUUCGUGAAGACCCUGACAGGCAAGACCAUCACCCUCGAGGUUGAGCCCUCAGACUCCAUUGAGAAUGUCAAGGCCAAGAUCCAAGACAAGGAGGGAAUUCCCCCAGAUCAGCAGAGGUUGAUCUUUGCAGGCAAACAGUUGGAAGAUGGUCGCACCCUGUCUGACUACAACAUCCAGAAAGAGUCCACCCUUCAUCUUGUGCUUCGUCUUAGAGGAGGUAUGCAGAUUUUCGUGAAGACCCUGACUGGAAAGACCAUCACCCUCGAGGUUGAGCCCUCUGACUCCAUUGAGAAUGUCAAGGCCAAGAUCCAAGACAAGGAGGGAAUUCCCCCAGAUCAGCAGAGGUUGAUCUUUGCAGGCAAACAGCUGGAAGAUGGUCGUACCCUGUCUGACUACAAUAUCCAGAAAGAGUCCACUCUCCAUCUUGUCUUGCGUCUGCGCGGUGGUAUGCAGAUCUUUGUGAAGACACUAACCGGCAAGACCAUCACCCUCGAGGUUGAGCCCUCUGACUCCAUUGAGAAUGUCAAGGCCAAGAUCCAAGACAAGGAGGGAAUUCCUCCAGAUCAGCAGAGGUUGAUCUUUGCAGGCAAACAGCUGGAAGAUGGUCGCACCCUGUCCGACUACAACAUCCAGAAAGAGUCCACUCUCCAUCUUGUCUUGCGUCUGCGUGGUGGUAUGCAGAUCUUCGUGAAGACCCUGACAGGCAAGACCAUCACCCUCGAGGUUGAGCCCUCAGACUCCAUUGAGAAUGUCAAGGCCAAGAUCCAAGACAAGGAGGGAAUUCCCCCAGAUCAGCAGAGGUUGAUCUUUGCAGGCAAACAGCUGGAAGAUGGUCGCACCCUGUCUGACUACAAUAUCCAGAAAGAGUCCACUCUCCAUCUUGUGUUACGCCUCCGUGGUGGAUUUUAACUGUAAUAUCUCGCUAUCACAGAACAUUCUUUGUGUUGUUAUAAACAUGUAAUUCCUAGCAGUGCAACUGAACAUUUAUUCGGUUUCUUAUUUUAAACAUAAUUAAUGAAUACUUGAAAACGUUUUGUCAAAUUGUAUGUGCAAUUUUAAAAUGUCUGUAAUUUUAUUUCUUAAUAAACAUGAAUGUUGUUAAUAA